GUUGAAAGGCUUUGAUGAUUAAAUUAAAACUAUUUUUAUAAUCGAUAUUAUAUGUAUCAAGAGAUGAUUUGUAUUAAUUAAGGCAUGAUAAAAGCCCACUGGGUGUGUAAACUUUUCCAUUUGAUAAAUAAUAUCGACUGCAUAUACAUGUACUGUGUGAUACCAACGACACAUAUAAUUUAAGAAAUGCCAGGAAUUUGAAAAUAUUGUCAAAGACAGUGAACAAGGACAUUAGAUAAUUCAGUUCUGACAAUGGCGGAUUUAAGCAUGAAAAGUUACAAGUCUCAUGAAUCAGUAAGAGAGAGAAAUAGACGAGAGCAAAGAAGAUUUGAUCAGACUUCUGAUGGCAGAUACAAUGAAUUCAAAAUCAAGCUCAAUGGAAUCAGCACCCAGCAAAGGCUUGUAGAAAAGGACCUGGAAAGAAUACGUGCAGGAGUUCACAGACCACCGAAAAGUGCAAUUAUUUCCAGUCACAAAUCAUUCAAUCCAGCAAGUACUCGUACAUUAGCUGAAAAAAAUUUGCGAAAUAAACAAGAAAAAUCCUCCAAAAAAUCCCCAAAGAGGUCUCCUCGGCCACCGAGCGACAUUGAAAAGGUUGAAAUUGAUACUGGUAUGCUAGUAGAAUAUUUACAGAAACUACGAGAAGCAGACGUCAUUGAUUUAGACAAUAUAAUAACAGAUAAAGUAGUUAAAGGUACGCAGCUUGUCAAUCAAAAAAUGAACUCUGACCCUGAGAUGUCGCAAAGAUCUGUUAACCAAGCAGAACGAUCAGGUAGCUUUAAUAAUAAACAGCUUAAUAUACCUACCAUACGAGAUGUAAAUAGUCUAUCGAGAGGAUCGACCGAUAGCAAACUAGAUUUAAAUUCUAAUUCGAAUCGAGAUCAAAGACUUUUAAAAUCUUCGCCUUUAUCAACCAUGAGUGCUCCUGAAACUGGAGCUAUGUUAGAAAAGGAACAAAACAGUUCUCAAAAGUCAAUCAAUAAUUCUGAAAAUUCGAAAGUAAGCGAUGCAAGCACCAGAAAAACAAAAUCUUCAGCACAAGACGAUUUCAAUGGCCAGAUUUACAGUUAUGAUUCCUAUGAAUUUGAAAAUUCAAAACAGCAACUGAACUCGGAUAAACAGUGGGAACAGGCAAGAAACGCCAGAUAUGUGCGAACUCGUGAACCUUUAGAUAGAGACAGGGAAUUAUCAGUGAAGGAAAUAUUUGACCGAUCCAAACCUUAAUUGAUAUAGAAAUAAAAAGAGAGAGUGGAUUCAUGAUCACAGGAUGUUCAUUCACAAACAGAACUAAAAAAUUCUACAUCUUGCCAAGAUUUUUACUGUGAUUGAAAUAACUGGGAUGUUGAAAUAUUCAAUGCACGGAAAGAUGGAUUUAACAAAUUCUUGUGUAUGUUACGGUACAUCUUUUCAUUUUGGUUACACAGUAGUCCGUCCAUUUAUUUAGUUUUUUUUAAUUGUUAAAUUUGUUUGCCUUUUAUUUUUUCUGCUUUAUUUGUUUGUAAAUAGUUAAACUAAACGGUACAAUUAUGAGUUUAUAGUCCCUUUUAAACAAAAUGCAUUUCUAUAAAUCUUUAAUGUCCCAAACAAUAUUAUGCGUAUUUUACAAGUUUACAAUAAGGCAAUAAAAGUUAUCUUGGUUACACAGGAUUAUAUGUUUUAUAUUAUAUGACAUUAAAAUAUUACAUAAGAUAAAAAUACAUUUACUUUAAAUGGUAUUUUACAUUAUUUUUCAAUAGAUUUUGUUCUCAAGAGAGUCUUAGCAUUUAAUCAAGCGAAAUGUCGUUGUUUGUAGAAUCUGCAGUCUUUGUUUGAGAACUAUGAUUGUCACUAAAUUGAUAUAAAUGCACAAUAUAUGAGUACAUUCCUCCUCUUUUAAGAUGACUUUUAUAAAGGUCUAUUGAUCUUUUAAUACUAUUAGGAUUCGAACAUUUGUAAUUACAUAAUCUUUUUAUACAUAAAAUACUCUUAAAUAGGUAAUGAUUUUAAAGAGCGACGAAAUUUUUAAUAAACCCAAUUAAAAUUCCAUAGAACAUGAGAACGUUCGUAUCACUACCAAAGAGCAAAGUUCAAUUGAAAAAUAGCAACAACAAAAUUCCAACUUUCAUGAAUUUCCCCCAUAGAGCUAUAGUUCCUAAUCCACCCUGUGGACCAUAUACAAUGAUAAUAUUUAAAUUUUAAUGACGAGAACCUUUCACGCCAUCCUUCAGUUUUAAAGAGAUUAUCUGUCAGUUUUGAAUCUUCUUGUUUGGUAAACAUUUACGUUACAUGUGAAGGGCAACAAAUGUUUUAACGAAGGGCAUUGCUACAUGUUUUUUUUUAUCUAUUAACGUUUCAACUUGAGAAGUACUUUUUCUUUGCCUUAAAAGUUCUUGAUGUGAACAACUAAUUGUUUUUUUCUCUCUCUGUAUUUUCACAAAAUGGAAUGUUUAAACCGAACAGGAUAUUUCUCUGAUUUUUAAAUACCAGUUAAGAUGCUUUUUGUAAUAUAUUGCGCUUUCAAUCCUGAAAAUCCAUUUACGAAACAAAAUAUUGCUUCUUAUUUUGUUUUUGUUUACAUAAUUAGUUCUUUCUUCAACCAAGCGGCUGAACAAAUGUGUACAUUGUGCUAUAUUGUAAUAGUUGUGUUUACUAUACCACUUAAAGAACAAACGUUCUAGCUUGUGUAUCUUAUACUUGGUUGUGGUCCAAGUAAAAAGGAAAUUGGCUUUAUUUGAAUCAAUAUAGAUAAAGAUUGUCAUGAAAUCUUGUUGAUUUGUUGAUUGUUAUCGGUAAUUAAAAUCAUGAAUGUGAA